UCAAUAAGAUCCCUUCGUCUUCCCUGCUCCCCAGGAAACCCUCUCCACCGUUCCAAACAUCGAGCGCCAUCUCCUUAUAUACACUCACGUCCCACCUAAUCACCUGAUAGCUAGCAAGCUACCCAUCGCCAUCGCGCGCCUACCAGUGGUGAGACUGCCAGAACACUCGGCACCGGGUUGUGUUGUCGAUCGUAUGGCGUCGACGGCUGUGGCGGCGGGGGACGAUGCGGUCGGACAACGGAAGGGCACCGGGGAUACGACGCCUCCUCCCUCGCAGCAGCAGCAGCCUCCGCCGCUGCCGGAGCAGGGGCUAAGGUGCCCACGCUGCGACUCGCCCAACACCAAGUUCUGCUACUAUAACAACUACAGCCUGUCGCAGCCGCGCCACUUCUGCAAGACGUGCCGCAGGUACUGGACCAAGGGCGGCGCGCUCCGCAACGUCCCCGUCGGCGGAGGUUGCCGCAAGAACAAGCGCUCGCGCUCCGCCUCUUCGGCCUCUGCAGCAGUGGCGGCUGCCUCCUCGCGCCUCUCGCUCAACCUGCCGGUCGAGGGUAUCGGUGACGUGGCCGACCAGCAGGCGGCGUCGGCCGCGAGGCUGAGCUUCCUUGGCGCCGGGGCGCCGGUGGUGUCGUCGCCGAUUGGCAGCGGCCCCGCGGCUGACUACCACCAGGGCGCCGCCGUCGGGAUGAUGGCGCUGCCACGGCUCCACGCCCCGGCUGUCGGCCAGUACGUGCCGUUCGGGGAGUGGCCGACGGGGCCGGGGGACGUUGCCGGCGGUGGCGUAAACGGCAGCGGCGAACAAGCGAUGAACGGCGCGCGCGCUGGGGCGGUGAGCAGCAGCAUCGCGUCGUCCAUCGAGUCGCUGAGCUUCAUCAACCAGGACCUGCACUGGAAGCUACAGCAGCAGCGGCUUGCCACCAUGUUCCUCGGCCCGCCGAUCUCCGCCGCGGCCCAAGCCAACGGCGCAGCUGCAGCGCACUUUGGCGGCGCCUUUCUGCAGAUGGCGGGAGCGCCCGGCAGCAUGGAGGCUGUGCCGACGGCGACGUCGUGGUUCAUGGACAGCUCCUACGUGCUCCCUUCCCAGCCCGCGCCUGCUAAUACAGCUACGGCCGCCAUAGCCACCACCAACUGCAACAUCAACAGUGGCCGGAGUAGCGCCGGCGGCGACGACGACAACGCCACGUCGAACAACAACAACUGCAGCAGCGCAAUCUCGGCGUGGGGCGACAUGUCGACGUUCGCGAUGCUGCCGUGAGUACUUGAUGAUGCCAAACAGGAACGCUGGGCUCCGAUUUGGAAGGGCUGAUUCCGAAGGAAUUGAGCUAUAGCAUCCUAGCAUGCAUCAAGAGAGCUAAUUUGUUACUAAUUAACCAACGGUCUCUAACUAGGUUCAGGUAUAUUGAUCAAUCCUUGUGUGGUACAUUUGUCAAAAACAUUCUGAUCGACAAUCCAUGUAUCAUGCAUAUCAUGGUCUUUCUUUUCUUUUCUUUUCUUUUUCCCAUUUCAUUCUUGUUCCUUUUCACUUUUGUCUAUCCAUGCAUAUUGAGUUGUCACCUCAUGCUGAUUAUUAAGUGCUCCGCCUAGCUUGUGUAUUUGCCAUUAUACUACUCUUAC